AUGGAGACGGUUGUGGAUGGAAAAUCUAUGCAUCAGUUCUUCCGAGUGAUAAUGUGUGGAAAGGAAGAACCAGAGUAUUAUUUGCCUAUGAAGAUUGAAGGAGUGGUUCAAGAGAAAUGGGGGAUCACGGUUUCGAAGCCUCAGUGCCAAGCUGCUAGAAAUAAGGCGAUGAAGUGGAUUGAGUAUGAGUAUGAUCAUCAGUUUGCUCGUCUUCGAGAUUACGCCGCUGAGUUGAUUGGAUCAAACAAAGACUCGACUGUGGUGAUUGACACUUUGAGAAAUAAGAAGGGACAAGAUGAGUUCAAUAGGUUUUAUGUUUGCUUUGACAACAUAAGAAGAACAUGGAAGGAGACUUGUAGACCCUUGAUUGGUCUGGAUGGAUGUUUUGUUAAACACAAGAUCAAAGGUCAAGUGCUGGUUGCAUUAGGAAGAGACGCAGAUAAUGCCAUAUACCCAGUGGCAUGGGGAGUAGUUCAAGUGGAAAAUACCGAUAAUUGGUUAUGGUUUGUGAGAAUGGUAAAGAAGGACUUAGGACUCGAUGAUGGCGAGGGAUUUAUUCUAAUCUCUGAUCGUCAAAAGGUAUAUGAUUCUCAGGGACUGAUUAGUGCUGUCCAACAGGAGCUUCCUAAAAUAGAGCAUAGGAUGUGCGUGAGACAUAUCUAUGGAAAUCUGAAGAAAAAGCAUGGGAGUAAAAGCGACAUGAAGCCUUACAUAUGGAGGUUAGCUUGGAGUUACAACGAAGCAGAGUAUCAGCAAAAUCUUGAUAGAAUUUUUAAUUACGAUGUUGGUACGGAGUCUUUCAACAACACUAUUACGAAGGCGAGAGAUAUGCCAUUUGUGCCUAUGCUAGAGAGUAUAAGAAGACUUGCCAUGGCUCGCAUUGCAAAGCGAUCUGCUAUCUCUCAUUCUCACAAAGGGACUUGUACACCUUAUGUGACAGACUUUCUUAAGGAAGAGAAGAAGGAUGCUUCGCUUUGCAAAGUUACAAGAAGCACCAACGGAAUGUAUGAAGGUAAGUUAAGUUCAUGCACUUACCGGGUCAGCUUGGAUAAUUUCACCUGCUCGUGCAAGAAAUUUGAGAUAUGUGGUAUUCCCUGUGAGCAUGCAUAUGGAGUCAUUCUUCAUAAGAAGCUUAAGCCUGAGGAUUUCGUUUGUCAGUGGUUCAGAACAGCGAUGUGGAGAAGAAACUAUGUAGAAGGCCUUGUGCCGACUUCUCAAGGUGCUCCUACUCAAGUUACUUCUCAAGGUUCUUCUCAGGUUGCUUCUCCAGCUGCUUCUCAAGGUUCUUCUCAGGUUGCUUCUCCAGCUGGUGCUCAUAUCAUUCAUGGGUAUGAAGAUAUGUGUUGA